AGAGGGCCGGCUGGGCUGCCUGGCCUGUCCCGGGUGGGGAUGGCGCCCUGGGCCACGCUGGGCCUGGGGGCCCUGAACGUGGCCCUCUUCCUGCGGCCCCUGCGGCCACCGAGCGGGGCCUGUCUCAGCCUGAAGGCUGUCUGGGAGGACGGUCAGUGGGAGCGCCUGCUCCUGGCCCCCGUCCACCACCUGGGCUGCAGCCACCUGGCCCUCAACAUGGCCGCCCUCUUCUGGCUGGGCCGGCGCCUGGAGAAGGAGGCCGGCAGCCUCUGGGCCGGGGUGGCCUUGGUGGGCCUGGCCCUCCUGGGGGGCCUCCUGCACCUGGCCCUCAACGCCGUCCUGGCCGCCCUCUUCGGACAGCGCUGGUACUGGGAGCACUGCGCCCUCGGACUCUCAGGGCUCCUCUUCUCCCUGGAAGCCAUGGGUCAGCUCGGAGAGUCGGUCCCGGUGGCGGCCAUGUCCAGCGGCUUCGUCCUGCCGACCCGGUGGCUCUGCCUCUUGGAAUGCCUGGCCCUGGCCGUGGUCCACCCCAGGAGUUCCCUGACGGGCCACUUCUCGGGCAUCCUGGCAGGGCUGGCCUUUUCCUUCCUCUGGGGCCUCACCUGAAGCCUGAAGCCACACAACUCCACUCGGCUCAAAAAUAAAAAAAGCAAGACUGAA